UGUUGACAUUGGUUUAUUUUUUUACUUUGGCAUUUUUUACUGCAUCCAUUCUGCAAUGUCUAUGCCUGGGUCAACUAAAUUUAAAUGUGUUAUAUGACAAUGAAAUUGCUGGUCUAUGGCUGUCAGUUUUGGGUUUGGUAGCUAUUGUCCUGCAAAGAUUUAUGAAUGGUUGUGCAUCUCUAUGGCUGCAAGUCUUAUAUGCAGCACUUGCGUUCGAAUCCGUAACUAUUGGUGUCGCAGGAUUGACUUACUCCUAUGCUUUUACACAACUGGCCAUCUUCUGUGGAAUUGUGUCUCUUUUGAUAGCAUUUCUCCCAUUUGUGGGUGCUGGUUUGGCAAAGCUGGAUAUCACACGUUGCGUGGGAUGGCUGCUGUUGAGCUCGUUGGCAUGCUUAAUGGUUUGUGUGUUGGUACUCACCUUGCUGCUCUCUUUCAAUUGCCAAGUGACCAUUGUAAAUCUGAUGUUGAUUGGUGCAUUCAUAGCUGUGCUAUUUAGUGCAGCCUACGAUUCCCGCAUUGUACAUAGGCUGAAUGCAAACGAUUCCUUGGAUUCUAAACAGUGUUUACGCUACUCUCUAUUUCUAUAUGGCGAAAUGAUAUUUGUUUGGCUACUUCUGCUACAUGUGUCAUGAAUCAACAAAAACGAGGAUAUUGAGACGGCAUUGAUUUGUUUUCUGGUGGUGGUACACAAAACACACACAUUUUAUUAAAUAAUUGUAUUAUAUUUUAUGUAUGUAUGUAUAUAUGCAUAAACAUUCACAAACGA